CUACGUCGGAUCGAGAGCGAAUAUUUCCUCUCUCUCUAGUGCGCCAUGCUCCUCUCCUCGAAAGCACCGACUUUACGCCUCCAAAGCAGGACUCGGCGCCGACUCCUAUGCGAUCCUAAUUAUUAUUAUUCCUCACUCCCCAUCCCUCAUCGUCGCCGCAUCUCCGCCGCUUCUCUCUCGCUGUCCUCUCGAUCGAAGAAGCCGUCGCCGAAUCCGAGAGAGAUGGACGCCGACUCCUUGGAAGCCCUGAUCAUGGAGCUCCACGACAUCGAGGCCGUGAAGUUCGGCUCCUUCACCCUCAAAUCCGGCAUCGUCUCCCCCAUCUACAUCGACCUCCGCCUCGUCGUCUCCUUCCCCUCCCUCCUCUCCCGCCUCGCCCGCCUCCUCUUCUCCCUCGCCGCCUCCGCGUCCGUCCCCUUCGACCUCGUCUGCGGCGUCCCCUACACCGCGCUCCCCAUCGCCGCCGUGCUCUCCGCCGCCGAGGGCGUCCCCAUGGUGAUGCGCCGCAAGGAGGUCAAGGCCUACGGCACCGGGCGCGCCAUCGAGGGCGCCUUCCGCCCCGGCCAGCGCGCGCUCGUCGUCGAGGACCUCGUCACCAGCGGCGCCUCCGUGCUCGAGACCGCCGCGCCGCUCCGCGCCGAGGGGCUCCUCGUCACCGACGCCGUCGUCGUCAUCGACCGCGAGCAGGGCGGCCGCCAGAACCUCGCCGCCGCCGGGGUGCGCCUCCACGCGCUCGCCACGCUCUCCGACGUGCUCCGCGUGCUCGUCGCCCGCGGGAGGCUCGGCGUGGAGAAGGCCGACGAGGUCAGGGCGUUCUUGGAUGCGAAUCGCAGCGUCGCCGUCCCGAGCCCCGCCGCGGCACCGGCGCCGCCGCCUAAGGUUGCUAGGGUUAGGGUUUCGUAUGGAGAGAGGGCGGCGACGGCGAAGAAUCCGACGGGAAGGAGGCUUUUUGAGGUGAUGGAGGCCAAGCAGACCAAUCUCUGCUUGGCGGCCGAUGUAGGCACCGCGAAAGAACUGCUUGAAAUCGCUGAAAAGGUCGGACCAGAGAUUUGCUUAUUGAAGACCCAUGUGGAUAUAUUGCCUGAUUUUACAUCAGAUUUUGGUUCUCAACUCCGCGCGAUUGCAGAGAAGCACAACUUUUUGAUUUUUGAAGAUCGUAAGUUUGCUGACAUCGGAAAUACAGUAACUAUGCAAUAUGAAGGUGGUAUAUUCCGCAUACUGGACUGGGCUGAUAUUGUUAAUGCGCACAUAAUAUCUGGACCAGGAAUUGUGGAUGGUCUGAAGUUGAAGGGUUUGCCUCGAGGCAGGGGACUGCUUUUGCUCGCUGAAAUGAGCUCAGCUGGGAACCUUGCUCACGGAGAUUACACAUCUGCUGCAGUUAAAAUAGCACAGCAACACUCAGAUUUUGUAAUUGGAUUUAUAUCAGUAAAUCCAGCUUCAUGGCAAGUGGGGUCGGUAGAUCCGGCCUUUAUUCAUGCGACUCCAGGGGUACAACUGGUUUCUGGUGGAGAUUCUUUAGGCCAGCAAUACAACACUCCUUAUUCCGUCAUCCGUGACAGAGGCAGCGAUGUCAUUAUAGUUGGGCGUGGGAUCAUAAAGGCACAAAAUCCUGCUGAAGCUGCACAAGAGUAUCGAGUUCAAGGAUGGGAAGCUUACAAAGCUAGUUGCUCGUGAAGCUUCUAGCUUCAAUUUUCGUUCCCAAGUUUAUUAUUCCAUAUAUCGACCUUGUUUUGUUAUCAUCUUGCGAGCAGUUUGUUAGUCUUCCCCAGUCGGUAAUCGUCGAGAAAAGCCGCAAGGUUUUUUGAUGCUAACAUUUUUAAUUUACUUUCCUAUUAAUAAUACUUGUCAGACAGGACUAUUUUGUUGGAGAGCC